GUUGGAAAAGAAAAGAAACGGGCGCAGAGGAGGGACUCGGAGGCACCGACUUGUCUUCUUCCUCCCUCGCUAAAAUCCUUCUUCUCUGCUUCGGCGCAGAGAUUCUCAGACGCCGAUUUUGAGGAGCCAUGUUCUUCAAGGGGUUCAACUCGUCGAAAUGGAAAACGGCAAUCAAGCUUGCGAUUUCGAGGAUAAAGCUGCUGAGGAACAAGCGUAGUGCGGUGCUUAAGCAGAUGAAGCGCGAUGUAGCCAUGCUCCUGGAGUCCGGGCAGGAAACCAGCGCCAGGAUUCGGGUGGAACAUGUGAUCAGAGAACAAAAUAUUAUGGCAGCAAAUGAGAUCAUUGAGCUGUUUUGUGAGCUUGUCAUAGCCCGCUUGUCUGUAAUCGAAUCACAAAGGGGAUGUCCCAUUGAUCUUAAGGAAGGAAUCUCCAGCUUAAUAUUCGCAGCCCCUCGUUGCGCUGACAUUCCUGAACUCCAGAAAAUAAGUAAACUUGUUGAGAAGAAAUAUGGCAAAGAGUUCGUUGCUGGGGCAGCUGAGUUGCGUCCAGACUGUGGCGUGAACCGUUCUUUAAUCGAGAGGCUGACUGUCAAGGCACCUUCCGGAGAGACUAAGCUGAGGGUUCUUCAGGAAAUAGCCAAAGAGUAUCAGGUCAAAUGGGAUUCAUCCGCAACGGAGAGAGAACUACUCAAACCUCCUGAAGAUGCGCUUGAAGGUCCAACUCGCUUUCAGAGUGCAAAUAGUACGCCAGCAAAGGUUGUGCCAUCUGAUCAUAACAUCUCCCACCAUCACGCAAACAAUAUGCCGUCAAAGGCUGUGCUAUCAGAUCACAACAGUUCUCGUAACCCUGAGAAUAGUAUGCCAGCAAAACUUUUACAACCGGACCACAUUCUUUCUCCCCGUCCUGCUAAUAAUUUGUCUGCAGAAACCGUGACAUCAGACGAUAAUUUCAUUAAUCAUCCUCCAGACAGUGCUAGCAGGAAUACCAAGGUUGAAUAUUUUGAGAGCGCAGCCUUAGCUGCUCAUGCUGCAGCCCUGUAUGCUGAUAAAGCAGUUGCUGCUGCACAUUCUGCUGCUUCUCUCGCUAAUCAGAGCACAGAUCAGUUCAAUCAAAGAGUUUCUCAGUUGCGAUCUGAGUCCAGGAGGAACAGUGGAGAAUUCAGCAGCAACAGGCCUAUUCCGACUGAGCCUUUCACGUCAGAUGCUUCUGAACUUGAUUACAUUGCUCCAAAGAACUAUAAUCGUAGAGUUGGUGACAGCAUCCUUCAGAGCAGCAGAGGGAACGAAUCUCGAAAUCCGGACGACAUGCAUUAUUCAAGUGAUGAAGAGAGUUCUGCUCGCUUAGUCAAUAAGAAGUUGCUUAGAAGGCACAGCUGCAACUUGCCUCAAACGAACAGCAACGGCUCCUCCGGUCCAAGGUUUGAUGCUUCCUCUGGAGAUGAAACAGAGGAAGAAAGUGAAUCUGGCUAUACCAAUAGUUUCAACAAUCAUAAAUUAUACAAUAGCCGUCAGAUCAGCCCUUCAUCGGGGCCACCCAGCAGACCUGCUCCAUCACUGCCUCGAUUGUCCACUGAUCCGAUGAAAUCAACCCCACCUGCCAUGGAAGAUCUGCAGGAUGGGAGACGGAAAUCCCUUCCUCACGUUCAUCCCAAGUUGCCGGAUUAUGAUUCUCUUGCAGCACGGUUUGAAGCAUUGAAGUUUCCGAAAUAAUGAACUGAAAGUUCCAUGUUGGAGUGUGAUGCACAGAAGUUUCAGAUAUGACGCAACACUCCCUUUCAUAAUAGUCUACCGAAACUUGCUAUACUAAAUUUGUAUGUUCUGCAGUUUUCUUUUUCUCGCAGCUUUAGUAUGUUCCACUCUUCUAUGUAGUUACAGCUCCAUGUUUUUGAAGCUAAAAUUUGUAGUAGCUACUUUUCAUAUAAAUUUCCUGGCGGGGUCAACAGAGCUUUUUCUUUGGCUACUUUCA